CCCCCGCCCCCGAGUGGCAUGUGCCCUCCGGGCUGCAGUUUCCCCUUUCUGGAUCAGCUGCGGCCCGGGGGCGCCCCGCACCAUGGCCUCGGGGCUGCGGUACCCGGGCAAGGUUGCCAUAGUGACCGGGGGCAGCCGGGGCAUCGGGGAAGCCGUCGUCAGGGAGUUCGUUCGGCAGGGGGCUCAUGUGGUCUUCUGCGCCCCCAAAGCUGAAGGGGCCGCCGGGUGGGCACUGGAGCAGGCGCUGCGGGAAUCGGGGGGCCCUGGAGAGCCCCAUUUCCAGCCCUGUGACAUCACCAGCGAACAGGACAUCCAGGCGCUGAUCGCGGUGACCUGGCAGCGUUACGGACGCAUCGACUGCCUGGUGAACAACGCCGGACGCCGGGCCUGCAUCCUGCUUUUCACCCCCACACCCUCCCCAGAUCCCCCCGAAGAGCAAAUCGACGACGUCACCUCCCAGCAUUUCCGGGAACUUCUCGAGGUCAACCUGGUCGGCUACUUCCUGACAGCAAAGUUCGCCCUGCCCUAUCUGCGGGAGACCCGGGGCAACAUUAUCAACAUCUCCAGUCUCGUGGGCAUCAUUGGACAGAGCCAGGCUGUUCCCUACGUCGCCACCAAGGGCGCAGUGACGGCGAUGACGAAGGCCAUGGCGGUGGAUGAGAGCAGAUACGGGGUGCGAGUUAACAGUAUCUCUCCUGGGAACAUCUGGACCCCCAUGUGGGAGGAGACAGCCGGGCAGACGGCCAAUCCGGAGGCCACAAUCCAGGCUGGGAAGGAUGCCCAGCUGCUGGGCCGGAUGGGCACGGUGGAGGAGUGCGCUCUGGCUGUGAUGUACCUGGCUGCCGACGGCACCUUCUGCACUGGGAUCGACCUGCUGCUGAGCGGUGGGGCCGAGCUGGCCUACGGCCCCAAGAGCCGGCUGGGCCCCAGCUAGGGGGCAGGGGGAGCCAGGACUCCUGGGUUCUCUCCCCCGCGCUGGCCCUGAGCAUGCCUGUGGGGAUUGUGCCUCCAAGGCAGAAAACGCUGCAGGUCAUGUCCCUCCCUCUGCGCCCACAAGGCCCCACUCCCCUCCCAAACCUGGGGAGAGAACCCAGGAGUCCUGGUCCCCCCGCUCUAACCACUAGCCCCCACUCCCCUCCAGAGGUUGAAGGUCUCUGUGGCAUUCGUUGCGUCCAUAGGGGGUUUUGGCAGCGAGGGGGCACCCCAAUCUCCAUUGUAGGGGUCUGGGCAGUGACGGGGGACCCCAGUCUCUGAGGGAGGGGUGUGGGCACCCAUAGGGGACCCCAAGCUCACAUGGUUAAUAAAGGUGAGUUGCAAACAAA